UCAGCUUUCCUUGUUUAUUUACUUUUCGAUCCCUUUCUGUUUUGACAAUUUAGCUACCGUUUGUAACUUUAUAUUAGAAAUUAGUUUUGAAAAACUAUACAAUCUUAACUUACUCCGCUUCAACAAUAUUCUUCAAAUAUUAAGCAUUCAUAGUAAAAUGGGACCACGAGAAUGUAAAAAAAUUGAUGAAACUAUCAUAUCUUCUGGGCUCCUGAAUUCUAUUGAUUAUGUUAUGACUGAUUGUGAUGGAGUGUUAUGGAUGGGUAAUGAUGCUAUUCCAGGCUCUGUUGAAGUCAUUAAUGCUCUCAAAAAUAUGGGAAAGCAUAUAAUUUAUGUUACUAACAAUAGCACCAAAUCCAGAGAAGAAUAUUUGAAGAAAUUUGAGAAACUUGGAUUUCCUGCAACUUUGGAUAGUAUUAUCUCAACUGCCUACUGUGUUGCAACUUAUCUAAAAAGUAUGAGUUUUAAGAAAAAAGUUUACAUUCUUGGAAGUGGAGGUAUUGCCAGAGAGCUGGAAAAAGCUAAUAUAGAACAUUUACCUAUUGGGCCGGAUCCUGUACCUGAGGAAUGGAUACCGUGGACUCAUAGUUUGAAGUUGGAUCCUGAGGUUGGAGCAGUUGUUGUUGGAUUUGAUCAUCAUGUCAGUUAUCCCAAACUUACUAAAGCAGCAAGUUACGUGAGAAAUCCGGAUACUCUUUUUAUUGCCACCAACAGAGAUGAACAAUUUCCUUCUGGCAAUACGGGCUUGACUAUGCCAGGAGCUGGAACAUUUGUAAUUUCUGUUGAAGCUGUUUCAGGCCGUAAAGCUCACGCCUUGGGGAAACCUGAAAGAUACAUGCUCGAUUGUAUUAAACAAACAUUUCCUGCCAUAGAUUUUAAUCGCUGUAUUAUGAUUGGUGAUAGAUUAAAUACAGAUAUUCUUUUGGGUACAAGACAUGGUAUAAAAACCCUUUUAGUUCUGACUGGCAUUAGUUCACUAGAGGAAGUAAGAGAACAUCAGAAAAGUUCAGACGCUGAACAACAUUUGUUGGUACCUGAUUAUUAUUUACCAUGUUUAGGUGAUAUGUUGCCACUUCUUAAAAGUUAAUUACAUAAUUAUUAGAAAAAUUUCUCAUGAUUAAGAUUUUUCAGUAGAUUUACUAUUUUGUUAUUAAGAGUACGGAUUGUUGUAUCUUCAAAUACAUAAUAAAUAGAUUCCGUCAGGAUCAAUUAAAUUUAAAAGUUGGUAUCGAAUACUUUGUAAAAAGAACA